ACAUUAUGUCAAAUAUUGUUGUCGUUUUACAAUUCACGUUUUUGUCUUGUGUUGAGCCUGUUUUUGUUUAGUUUGAACUAAAGAACAAAAAUUUGAAUGAAUAUAGUUAGCAAACAUAUCCUGAAUAUAUAUAUUGCUACUGAUAUAUUGAUUGAAGAUCUAUAUAAAAGCAACCAUGGCCUCACAAGCUUUAGCCUCUCUCACAGCCACUUACACAGAUUCUGAAGGUGAAGAAGACAUGGAAGAUGGGCAGCAAACGCCGGACAAGGAAGAUCACAAAGUCUCACAGGCAGAACCAAGCCCGAAAGUCAUUGAUGAAACUAUAAAAAGUUCAUCUGCUCCCCCUUCACCUAAAAGAAGGCUAGUGUCAUACGUCGACGAUACUAUUGUAUCGGAUGAUGAGCAGAUGUCGCCAACGGCGGAAAGCCAAGACGACAUGAGGAGGUUGUCCAUGGAAACUGACACUGAUGAUGCAGUACUGCGGUCAGAUGCUGACGAUUCACAGGACGGUGUCACUAUACCCCCUGAACCUGCCGGGAAGUGCCCAAAAGAGCUGCAAGACACAAUAGCUAAAUUCUACAAUAGAAUGCUAACAGAAGGAUUAGAUAUGAAUAAAAUCAUACAAGACAAAAAGAACUUUAGAAAUCCUAGUAUAUAUGAAAAGUUAAUUCAAUUUUGUGAUAUAAACGAGUUAGAUACUAAUUAUCCGCCAGAAAUCUAUGAUCCACUCAGGUGGGGGAAAGAGUCUUAUUAUGAUGAAUUGGCAAGAGUACAGAAAUUGGAGAUGGACAGGCGAGAAAAAGAAAGGAAGGAAAAAUCUAAAAUAGACUUUAUAUCUGGGAAGAAACCAGAGAGUGACGAUGAAAAGAAAAGGAAGUCUAAAUGGGAUCAGGCAGCUCCAAAUGUUGCAGCAAAGCCAGCUAUCAAGCAGCCUGGUCUGCUGCAGCAGCCUCUCACCAGCAAUGUGACGGGAACCAAAGGCACAGUCAUUUCAGCUUUUGGAUCUAUUAACAAGAAACCAAAAAUUUGACUUCAAUCCAAAAGAUCACAUGGCAAUGUGCUGUGACUCUAAAUUAUAUAAAGUUUUUUGAUGAAGUUAAAUUAAUAAACCAAUCAUAGCUUUAAGAUCAAA